AUGAAAUGGAUGUACAAGCAAGGCGCACAAAAGGUUGAUGAGCUCAGGUCUGUGUUAGAUGGAUUGACACUCGUUGAUGUCAUUUGGCGCCCUUUUGAGGAUCAUAGACAACACUGGCCAUUUGAUGAUAUAUGCUUGUACAAGGGUGGCUUGAAAUGGUAUGACAUUAUACUAUACUUAUCUGACAGAUGUUUGCGCCAGUUUGGAUAUAGGCAGUACAUACCGCCUCAACCUCCUGAUGUUGACACACUUGAUAUGGAUGUUGAGUGGAUUACAUAUCACGUGAGCGUGAUGGAUGUCAUAUGUACGACAGUUUCCGCUACCACCGCAUAUGAUGUGGCGUCCGAUUACUUAGAUUGGUACUACAUGGUGCCACAUCCUCGUUUGGUACCACCACCUCGAGGGGAGGUGAGACAGGUCUCGGUUCCUGUCUAUGACGAAGGACCUCCAGACUGA